ACCAGAUGGUGGUUAAAUCUGCAACUUGCUGAUGUAUCUACUGAUCUUUAUGCUGUUAACAUACAGGACAAAGAUCAGCUUCAAAGGAAUUCAGGGUUUAGAGACAGAAGAGCUUCUGCAAUGAGAGAGGAGGAUAACUGUGAAGAUUUCCCGAAAGGUGGAGUGAUUCCCCGGGACGAGGACGAAGAACGGCGCAAUAAUAAAUGUCCUGUUGUUGUGGCCCGAAAACGACUGACGAGCCCAAAGAAAGAGCUCAGCAUUGAUCUGCUCACUGAAGAUAAAACUGUCACUCCAUCCAUCCCUAAACGUCCCAAAAAGAGUUCUCCAUCUCCUUCAUCUUUAUCCUCAUCCUCGCUGGUGCCCCUGGUGAGCUCGGUGUCUCCUCUUCCUGCUCAGCAGUUUGAGGAUCUUCACUCUCAGAGAGUCAUCGCCAACGUGAGGGAACGUCAGCGCACACAGUCUUUGAACGACGCUUUUGCCUCGCUCAGGAAAAUCAUCCCCACGUUGCCCUCUGACAAACUAAGCAAAAUCCAGAUCCUCAAACUCGCCUCGCGUUACAUCGACUUCCUGUACCAGGUCCUGCAAAGCGAUGACGGACAGAUGGACACCAAAAUGGCAAGCUGUAAUUACCUGGCACAUGAGAGACUGAGCUACGCCUUCUCCGUGUGGAGGAUGGAAGGAGCUUGGUCCAUGUCUGCUACUCACUAACUCCAACACCUUGUCUGAUUCACAUUAACUCUGAACUGCAGAGUUGCUCAGCUCCAUUUCAUAGUUUUAUUUCAUGAUAUAAGCAUUAAGCUUGUUUCAUUACCAUGACCACACCCCUCACCUGGACCAUGCCCCUCACCUUGACCACACCCCUCACCUGGACCAUGAUCCCUUACAAUAUUCCAAAUAAGUUUAGUCUCCAGCAAAAUGUCUUUUCUUGUCUAUUCUUCUCUGUUCGACUUCCUGGUUCAGUUUUUUAACCAAUCAGACUGCUCCUUUUAAAAACAUCAACAACACCCUGCUCUUUAACCCUGAAUUUUACUUCCUGCCUCUGUCUGAAUCAAGGUGUAUUGUGGGUAUUCUGAACAUUACAUCACAAGGACAUUAAUGUGUUGCAGUGCAUUGUGGGAUUUCACAAAAUAAUAAACUAUAAAUCAUCUGCUGCAAGAACACAACUGAAGAACACCAAAAUGCACACAGAACUACAGAAUCGCAGAAUCCUGUGUUUCUCUUUCAGUGAUCUGAGAGAGGAAAAAGGACAAACUGCUUCUCCACAGCAAAGUCUUCAGAAUUGCGUUUUAUCCGAAGGAGUGUGUGUGAGAUCGGACCUUAUGCUUAGAAAUCACAACUUAGACUUUACUCACUCAUCCUCCACCACACUGUACACAUGAACAUCUGGCAUUUUCAAUCACUGUUUUUUCACCAGCUGCAUAACUAACAGCUUUAUUAAUUCACUGCCUCCAUCAGUGUCAUGCAGAACUUCAGUUUUAUUAUUUUUUUUUAAUUUCUCUGAUUUUCCCUGAAAGCACCUUCAUUCAGCAGAAAGAGGAAAUGUGUUACCCUGGAUAAACUCAACACUUCAAACAUUUCGAACACUUCGAUUUGUUCAUCAGGAAGUAAAGUGAAAUGGAGGUCCUGAUUUGUCUGAAGCUCCUCCAAGUGUUCACAAGUUUGUGAGAUGGUGUGAGAUUUUAGGAGAUGUCAAUGAGAUGAGAGUUCAAACAAAAUGCAGCACAGAAUUCAACAUUCCAUGAGAAACAAAAAAUUUUCAAUGUUUGUUCUUUGGAUUAAAUAUAAAAAAUUGAUUGUGUAAA